AUGUUCGCAUCGUCGCUCCUCUUGACGCUGCUGCCUCUCGCGGCCCAGGUGCAGGGUGCUCAUGUCGUGAUAAGCAACGAUGACGGGUGGGCUGAAAUCAACAUUCGCGAAUUCUACAACAGCCUCGAUGCUGCCGCAUUCGACGCCAUCAUUUCUGCCCCAGCCGACAACGAGAGCGGUACUGGAUCUCGUGAUAAAGAACCUACACCGGUAGCAGAUGAUGGAUGUGAAUUCGGAUCUUGCCCGGCAGGCUCUCCGCCAUUCGGCAACAAUGCAUCGAUGCCGCGAUUCAAUGUGAGGACCCCAUCAUGGUUCAAGUCUUGUGGCUCUGGCUUCGUGCUUACAUCUCAUACAGUAUGUCAACUCUUACCCCGUCACCUCCAUGCGUUACGGCCUCCAGAAUCUCUCACAGAUCUAUUUUGGUGGGCCCCCAGACAUCGCCGUGGCAGGCCCCAACGUCGGAACCAAUCUUGGGCUUGUGACAACCAUUUCAGGCACCGUCGGCGCCGCCACCGAGGCAGCAAAGGAAGGCUUCCCGGCUCUAGCAUUCAGCGGUUCUUCUGGCUCCCAGACAGCUUGGACGGCUCCGGUGGAGUCUUACAUGAGAAUCUACGCAGACCUCUCCACAAACGUCACCCAAACGAUUGUCGAUGCUGGCAAGCCCUAUCUUCCGCAAGGCAUCUGGUUGAACGUCAACUAUCCUGCCGUGGAUGAUGCAUGUAGCGAGGCGGGAGACUUCAAAUUCGUGCUGUCCAGGGUCUACCCGGCUAUCCCGGUGGUGACGAAGGAUGUGGAGACUUGUGGCUCUGACCAGCUUCCUACUGAGAGGGACGUGGUCGGUACGGAUGGCUGCUAUGCUUCGGUUUCGGUGGCGAAUACGAGCAAGUUGGACGUUGAUGCCGCCACGCAAGCGGUUGUGCUGAAGAAGCUGCAGCCGAUUCUGAGCUGUUUGCCGGAAAAGUAG